AUGAACUCCCUCCGCUUCGCCCGCACGGCUCUUAGAGCUCGCCCUGCUGCGCUCCGCGUCCCCCUCCAGAGGAGAACCUACGCCGAGGCCAUCAAGCUCAGCUUCUCGCUCCCUCACCAGUCCCUCUACAAGUCCCAGGAGGUCGUCCAGGUCAACAUCCCCGCGGAAUCCGGUGAGAUGGGUGUCCUCGCGAACCACGUUCCCGUUAUCGAGCAGCUCAAGGCCGGUGUUGUCGAGGUCGUUGAGGAGAGUGGCAGCAAGCAGUUCUUCCUCUCCGGUGGAUUCGCUGUUGUUCAGCCCAACUCCGUCCUCAGCAUCAACGCCGUCGAGGCUUACCCCCUGGAGGACUUCAGCGCCGAUGCCGUCCGCGCUCAGAUCUCCGAGGCUCAGAAGAUUGCCAACGGCAGCGGAAGCGCGCAGGAUGUCGCUGAGGCCAAGAUUGAACUUGAGGUUCUCGAGAGCCUCCAGGCUGCCCUUAAAUAG